AUGGCCUCCUGGUCGCCCACCAUCAGCCCCGACGCCGUCUCCGAGAACUGGAGCACCGUGCUGCUCAGCCUCCGGGACCUCCGCCGCGACGUGCCCAUAAACUACAACCAGUACCCGGGCAUCGCGCUGACGCCCGCGUGCUUCGCGGACGGCAGCUACACGGAGGACCGGGCGGCGUGUGUGGCGAACCUGAUUGCGAUUGGGUACCGCAGCUUUCUGCUGGACCUGUAUCUGGAUGGGGAGAGCGGCGGGUGGGGGAUCUGUCCAGUAGCCGACACCGCAUCUUCAACACCCACCACGACCCCCGCCGCCGCCGCCACCGCAUCGCUCCUCCCCCGCCAGUCGGCGCCUGCCUACACCUGCACGCCCUCCUUCAACGCCACCAGCCUCCUCACCAUCUUCGACACCUGGAUGACGGGCACCAACACCGACCUCGGCGCGCGCAUCCUCCUCCUCACGCUCUCCCUCCACCCCGCCACCACCACCACCACCACCACCAACUCCUCCUCCUCCACCACCCUCACCGCCCCGCCACAACCCCUCACAAGCACCCUCAAAAGCGCAAACAUCCUCGCCGACGCCUACACGCCCACGCAACUCCUCUCGGACCGCCGCAACCUCAACAGCAGCUGGCACGACGACGACACCGCAACCACAAACACCACCUACUUCACCACCCUCCUCGCCGCGGACGACACCGUCAGCACGCCCGACGGCUGGCCCAGCGAGUCCUACCUCGAGUUCAAACUCCGCAAGCGCGUCCUCAUCACCUUCGGCAACGUCUCUGCCGCCGUCUCCGCCGUCUACGACCCCGCCGCAACAGCCGACAACGCCGCAAUCUUCCCCGCGGGCUACAUCGGCGCCCCAGCGCCCUACAACGCCUCCACUCCCCCGCAGUGCUUCUACAACCCCUCCAACACCAGUAUCGCCGCCGGUAACUCCUCGUGGGCGCAGGCCCUCACCACUACAACCACCACCAACAUAACAGCACUCAUCAACUGCGGCUACUCCACCCUCCUCAACCCCGCCGUCGGCGCCGCAAACACAACCGCAUCCCUCGACACCCGCUUCCGCGACUACGAGGCCCACAUCCGCGCGACCGCCGCAUGGGCCUGGGCCGACAACCAGCCACAGAACACCACCGGCCGCAAGCCCUCCUUCCGCUGCGCCGCCAUGCGCGUGUCGGACGGCCGCUGGUUCGUGGCGGACUGCAACGAGUGGCGGCGCGCGGCGUGUCGUGUUUCCGGGCAGCCCUACGACUGGACACUAACCCCCACCCCCCUCCCCUACGCCUCCCUGCCCCCCUGCAUCUCCACCCCGCGCACACCGCUCGAAAACACACACCUCCACACCCUCCUCCUCCACACCAGCAACCUCCCCAGCACCGACAGCAUCUGGCUCGACCUCAACUCGCUCUCGACCGACUCCUGCUGGGUGAGCGGCGGCGCGAACGCGUCGUGCCCGUACACGGACGGCGACGAGGGGCGGCGCGAGGUGAUUGUCAGUGCGGUGGCGGCGGUCAUCGUACUGGUCGUGUUUGGCUUAUGUGGUUUGCCAAGGGGGCGAGUUGGCGGGUGGAGAGGAGUAGGAGGCGGCGCAGGAGGGCGGCGAAGAAGAGGGUGA